AUGGAUCCUUUCAGCAUCACCGUCGGUGCUCUUGGCAUCACGGAAUUUGCUCUUUCCAGCAUCAGUCAUCUUCGUGAUCUUGUUGAUGGCCUUAAAGAAGCGAACGAUGUUAUACAAGAUGUGAUUUUCAACUUAAAUGCGAUACAGCUUUCGCUUUCAGCUCUCAAGAAUCUUCAAUUUUCUGAUAACACAACAUAUACCGAAGCGAAAGAGGAUCUGAAGAAGACCGGUGUCGCUGAAGCUGUGAACAAUUGUGGUCAGGCAUGCGCGGAGUUUUCAAAGAAGCUUGAGCAGUGGACGAAGCAUUCCAGCAGUACGAAGCUUUCCCUCAGGGAUCGACUGACGGUCGGUUUAUGGAACAAAGAAAAAGUCCAGACAUUUAGGACGCAGGUCCAUUCCUGUCAGUCUAUCGUCCACUUUGCUAUCGACAGCGCUAGUUUGAUCAUUUUGGUCCGAUCAGAAAAUUCCUCUAAGACUGCACAGCAGGAGAAAGAGAAGCAACUACGAGUUCUCGAGACUGCUAUCCAGGAGCACAUCCAACUCACAGAGAGAAAGCAAGGCGACGCUUUGCAGCGUAAGAAGGAUCUUGAAUACCCAGAGGACGAAGAUGAGGACGAAGGCGGUGAUGCUCAGCGAACUUUGGCAAUCCAAGAGAUUGACAAGCAAUCACGCCUACUGGAAGCCGACCAAAUCGCCUCCAAGCUUGUUUCCCAAACAAUCUCGAAAUUGUCUACCCGAGAAGUUGGCAACGCAUACAACACGUAUAACACGUCUUUUGGGGGCAGUAAUAGCGGCUUCCAGAUCGCUCACAGCACGGGUACGAUCAAUUGGAAUGGCAGUCGCACCUGA